AUGGAGUCCAAAGCGGCUACAUCUGUAGAUCAUGAAAAUCUUUUCCAGAUUCAGUCUACUCGCUGCAAAAAGACAUCUGAAUCUCAAUUCUUCAUUGCAAAUGGCACUGCUAAGCAACUUAGUGGCAGCGCCUUCUUCUUUCUACGCGCAUCGGAUCGUGAUAUCACUCCAGCAAACAUCGUGGAAGAGGUGACACUUCACUUUUAUGAUUCUCAGAAAGGCGACUUCAUUGAAACAACUCAGCGCCUUCUUCAGGACGUCUAUCUGUCUGCAUUUCAGACUGAUCAGAAUUGGGGAUGCUUAGAACGGUCUCCAGAGCUGAAAACACAGCUUUUGAAUGAAUUUGUGGACACAACGUGGCGAUACCUUCGAAUACUAAAGCAGGUUCAAGAGGGCUCUGGUCUUCACUUUCUCGCUGUUCCCUCGAAUGAGGAUGAGGCUCUUAUCGUCUCACUCAAGGAUGACGAAGACUUCAAAGGCAUUUGA